CCGAACCUGAUACCAUACAUAACCCGAAUCCGAACCGAUUCUCCAAACUGCUGGUUCAACUGACGCUUUCACCAGUUGUUAUAGUAAGUAAUAUUUGGCCAUUAGUUUUGUUCCAGACCACCCACCACAGUUUCUUUUUUCCCUACCUCUCUCAAUCCCUCUCCCUCUCUAUUUUCUCUUCUCUUGAUCAUUUUCUCUCUCUAGAAUCCUAGGGUUUGUCCUUUGCUCCCAAAUUGUUUAAAUCCCCACCAAAGAUUGGCCUUAUUGUUAUUAUAAUAUUAUUAUAUAUAUUGGUUCCGAAAAACGGAACUUUCACGCAUCAGUUUGAUUUCUUUUUACGUUUUUUUUGUUGUUGUUGUUGUCUCCUUGCCUCCAAAUUGACCGACUCCAUAGUCAGCCCCUUCUUCUAACUGUAUUCAAAAUCCCCCUAAGAAGACGAUCCCGAACGGCGCAGGGUUGCUUUUUCUCCACUACUUCUAUUAUUGUUUUUCUCUUCUGCGUUGAGUAGUUAAGUCCUGGCUUGGAAACGAUUUUCGGUUGCUGGAUUCGUUUUGCGUACUGAUCAGCCACAGCGGGUCAGGAUUUAAGUAAAGUGGAGAGCUGGGUAUUAAUUUAUUAGUGCGUGCUUUUGGAUGCUGAGAGAGAGAAUCGUUUUUGAACUCGAGUUUUCAUAAAGCGGAGAAAUGAGUAAACUUUUGGAAAUUCAACCUAAAGAAUUGAAGUUCACAAUUGAAUUGAAGAAGCCAAGCUCAUGUUCAGUUCAGCUUUCCAAUAACACCAACUACCAUGUUGCUUUUAAGGUUAAGACCACCUCCCCUAAGAGAUACUGUGUGCGGCCCAAUGUUGGUGUUAUAAUGCCCAAUUCGAGUUGUGAUUUUAUAGUCACAAUGCAAAUGCCACGGACAACUCCACUCGACUUGGAGUGCAAGGAUAAGUUUUUAAUCCAGAGCACAGUGGUUUCUGCUGAGACAACGGAUGAGUACAUUACAGCUAGCAUGUUUGCGAAAGAUGGCGGGAAACUGGUUGAAGAGAAGAAACUGAGAGUGAUUCUUGUCAGCCCACCUCAUUCGCCAACCUUGUCACCAAUUAAUGGAGCCUUAAACCAGGGGAUGGGUGAUGAUUAUUUAUUUUCUAAAGAUCACUCUUUAAAUGGAGUUGGAAAUUUAUCCAAACAACAAACGGUUAGCAAGGAUACAGAGGAGUCUGUAACAGUUAAAAUUAAGGAGCAAAAGCCAGUGGUGGCUACAGAAUUGAAGCCUGUGAAAAAUGUGGAGUUUAUGCUGGAAAAGGACGUACAGGAGUUAAAACCAGCAAAGGGUAUAGAGGAAUUGAAGCCUGCAAAGCACAAGGAGGAAAUGGAGCCUGCAAAGAACUCAGAGGUGUUGAAUCCCACCAUGUACACGGAGGAGUUGAAGCCCGUAAAGUACACGGAGGAGUUGAAGCCCUCAAAGCACACAGAGGUGUUGAAGACCGCAAGGUACAUGGAGGAGUUGAAGCCCACCUUGUACGCGGAGGAGUUGAAGCCCACAAUGUAUGCAGAGGAGUCGAAGUCGUCAAUGUACUCGGAGGAGUUGAAGCCAUUAAAGUACACAGAAGAGUUGAGCCCUGCAAAGUACGUAGAGGAAUUGAAGCCAUCAUUGUACCCAGAGGAGUUGAAGUCUGCAAAGUACGUGGAGGAGUUGAAGCCAUCAAAGUAUGUGGAGGAUUUGAAUCCAGCAAACGAUGUCAUGGAUUUGAAUUCAGAUAAAUAUGUAGAGGAAUUGAAGCCAGCAAAGGACAUAGAGUUAAAAUCCGUAGAGAGUGUUGAGGAAUCGAAGCCAGUGAAAGAUGUUGAGUUGAAAAAUGUAAAGGCUGUAGAGGAGUUGAAGUUGUUUAAAGAUGUUGAGGAGAUUAAAUCAAAGCUAAGCAAAUUUGAAUUAAAACUUCAUCAGGCUGAUGCUACUAUUUUACAGCUGAUGGAGGAGAGAAAAUCAAACAUUGAAGAGAGAAAAUUUUUACAGGAGAAAUUAGUAAUUCUUUCAACCCCUAUUCUGUUUUGUGGUUCUCUUACUAUUUUGUUUUGUAUUUCUUAUAUAUUUCUCUCUUACUAUUAUCUCCUGCAACAAAAUCUGAGAAAAAUAAAUUGUAAUCACUAUAGCAGCAGUGGGAUGAAUUUAGGAAUCUCAGAUAGUGAGUGGGAAAAAUAUUAAAAAUAAAAGUACAAAAAGGUUAAACAAGAAAUAAUUUCACAGCCAUGUAAAACAAUGUCUGUUACUGCUUUAGUUGGACUAAGUUUACAUGCUAGAUUAAGUUCUUACUUAUCUCUUAGUUCCGACAAGUAUGGGGUAGAGUAGAAGUAAAAGACGGAGGCUUACUUUUCAUUAUUUGCCUUUUGUCUUCUUUUGAUAUAUAUAUAUAUAUAUAUAUAUAUAUAUGUAUAUAUAUUGUCUUCUAAAACUUGCUUGGAGCCUCUUAUAUUACACACUGAACUUUUCGUAGUAUGAAAACUGUGUUGUCCUCUUCUUUUUUGUAUUUAUCUGUUAGUACUAGCUACAAAAGCAAUAAAUUUCUCUGUUUUAUCUUCUGUUUUGUUUGCAUAAGAAGUCACGAGUUCACCCUGGACUUCUGCAUCUGAGACAUGUCUUAAGUAUUUUUUGUUCUUGUUUUAUUGCUAACUGCAGGCAGAGUUGAGCAAAAGAGGCGUAAAAACGGUCCAAGUCGGGUUUCCUCUUCUGUUUGUUUUUAUGGUUGCAUUUAUCAGUAUCGUUCUUGGUUACCGUUUGCACCACUGAAAAACCCUUCACCGCCUGAUGGUUCAGUGAAGAUGAAGCCAUUAUUAUCUAUGCAACUGUUUGUAUGUAGGAAUAUAGUCGCAUAGGUAUAAGAGUUUCUUUACUUCUCUUUAUUUACUUUACAUGUGGAAAAAGAAAAAGAUGAAUGGGUGGAUGGUCAGUAUUUUAUCCACACUCCAGGAGCGUUCAACUCUUCUACAUGCCGCUUUUUACUUCUAAUAUAUAUAUGUAUAUUUAGAGAACAGAAGAUAAAGUGUGUAAAGAUUUUUCGUAUCAUUUGAAAAAAUUUAGAAAACAAAAAUGGUGCUCAUUGUAUUGGGAGAUGUUACCAAAGUGAACUGGUUUGUAAAUUUAGGGCUCGAAUAAAAGGAUUAUCUGUGGUUAUGAAAGUAGGAACAGAGCUUGUCUUAGAAUCUUUAUGUCGUUUAUUAAUUAUAAUCUUUAUUUUUAUUCAA